GGGGCCUCCGCGCCGCCCGCCUGUCCUGGAGACGCUGAGUUUCUCAAUGGAGCCGCGGAGGGCUCGGGCGGACGCGGCGCGGCCGUGAGCGCAGAGCUGGGCCGCCUCUCCUCGCGCCGUCCUUCCCUCCCUCCGUCUCGCUCGCCGGGCCUGCAGCCCUCGGGGGCACCCCGGCGCCGCGCGCAGCCAGGCCCCCGCGAGGCCGGGCGGCCUGGGGGGAAAUUUCCGUCGCCGACCCCGCUUCGCCAGCCCUUGAUUUCCUCUUUCACUGCGGGGCGUCUGCUAGCCGUUCUCCUGCGCCUGGUCUCCCCACCCCUCCCUCCUCAGGAGAGUGAGGGAAAGCAGCAGCAUUUCCUCUCAGAGGCGAGCGAGCUGCCGCUCCCAGAGCUUCUCCUCAGGGCCAGCAGGCGCGCCGAGCGGCGGCGGCCGCCAAGGGCCCCAGCGGCGCGACCAUGCGCGAGCCGGCCCCGGGCUGCUGAGGCGCGGGGAAGCGGAAGCGGAGGCCCGGCCGGCGCUGCGGGGCGAUUGCAGGCCGCCGGCAGGAGGAGGCGGCGGCGGCGGGAUGGAGCCCGUGGCCGCGCCCCGGCCCGACAUGGCGCCGGAGCUGACCCCGGAGGAGGAGCAGGCCACCAAGCAGUUUCUUGAAGAGAUUAACAAGUGGACGGUGCAGUACAACGUCUCCCCGCUCUCGUGGAAUGUGGCUGUCAAGUUCCUCAUGGCCAGGAAGUUUGAUGUGCUCCGUGCCAUAGAGCUGUUCCACUGUUACAGAGAAACACGCAGGAAGGAAGGGAUUGUGAAGCUGAAACCUCAUGAGGAGCCCCUCCGUUCGGAAAUCCUCAGCGGCAAGUUCACCAUCCUGGAUGUUCGGGAUCCAACGGGAGCCUCCAUUGCCCUCUUCACUGCCAGACUGCAUCACCCCCACAAGUCGGUCCAACACGUGGUACUUCAGGCUCUGUUCUACUUACUGGACAGAGCUGUGGAUAGCUUUGAAACGCAGAGAAAUGGGUUGGUGUUUAUCUAUGACAUGUGCGGUUCCAAUUAUGCCAACUUUGAGCUGGAACUUGGAAAGAAAGUCCUAAACCUGCUGAAGGGAGCGUUUCCCGCCCGCCUGAAGAAAGUGCUGAUCGUGGGGGCGCCCAUGUGGUUCCGGGUGCCCUACUCCGUAGUCAGCCUCCUCCUGAAGGACAAGGUCCGGGAGCGGAUCCAAAUCCUAAAGACAUCUGAGGUCACCCAGCACCUCCCCAGGGAGUGCCUUCCAGAAAACCUGGGUGGAUACGUGAAAAUUGACCUGGCCACUUGGAAUUUCCAGUUCCUGCCCCAGGUGAACGGCCACCCAGAUCCCUUCGACGAGAUCAUCCUGUUCUCCCUUCCUACAGCCUUAGACUGGGACUCGGUGCACGUUCCAGGUCCGCAUGCCAUGACCAUCCAAGAACUGGUAGACUACGUGAAUGCCAGGCAAAAGCAGGGCAUCUAUGAGGAGUACGAAGACAUCCGCCGGGAGAACCCUGUGGGCACUUUUCACUGUUCCAUGUCUCCUGGGAACCUUGAGAAGAAUCGCUAUGGGGAUGUCCCCUGUCUGGACCAAACCAGAGUGAAGCUGACGAAACGGAGCGGCUACGCUCAGACAGAUUACAUCAAUGCCAGUUUCAUGGAUGGCUAUAAGCAGAAGAAUGCUUACAUCGGCACCCAAGGUCCUUUGGAGAAUACGUACCGGGAUUUCUGGCUCAUGGUCUGGGAGCAGAAGGUCCUGGUGAUUGUCAUGACCACCCGCUUUGAAGAAGGCGGCAGGAGAAAGUGUGGCCAAUACUGGCCUUUAGAGAAAGACUCUCGGGUCCGAUUUGGCUUCCUCACCGUGACCAACCUAGGCGUGGAGAACAUGAACCAUUAUAAGAAAACAACGCUAGAAAUUCAUAACACAGAGGAGCGGCAGAAACGCCAGGUAACCCACUUCCAGUUCCUGAGCUGGCCAGAUUACGGCGUCCCUUCCUCAGCAGCUUCCCUCAUUGACUUCCUGAGAGUGGUCCGAAGCCAGCAGAGCCUGGCUGUCAGCAGCAUGGGCGCACGCUCCAGAGGCCAGUGCCCUGAGCCACCCAUUGUGGUCCACUGCAGUGCGGGCAUUGGCAGGACAGGUACCUUCUGCUCACUGGACAUUUGCCUGGCACAGCUGGAGGAGCUUGGCACCCUUAACGUGUUCCAGACGGUGUCACGCAUGAGGACCCAGCGCGCCUUCAGCAUCCAGACCCCCGAGCAGUACUACUUUUGCUAUAAGGCCAUCCUGGAAUUUGCAGAGAAGGAGGGCAUGGUGCCCUCUGGCCACAGCCUACUGCCCAUGGAGGGCCAGUAACUGUCCACGGGCCAUUCCCUGCUGGACGGCCUUCCUCACCCUGCUACCCUGGAUAUCACUGAGUCUGUGGGCUGCUGUUGGUGGACCUGCCGAAGCCAUGGAUCCUCCUCUUCGUCGUGUCUCCCAGGCCCGUGUGCACGCAGGCAGCCCUUCCCUUUGGCUGGGUCCCCGUGAUGGAGCCGCCCCGUGCAAGGGCCGGCAGCCAUGUGUUCUCACUUCCUAACACCUGCUCUCGAACUGUGCCUUAUGAAAACCCAACUGUGGCUAUUGAGUUUUGCCAGGGGCCCCGAGGUAAGUGGGAAGGAGUGAGCCCCUCUUUCCUGUUGCCAUUCUUUUGGGGGGGUCUCCCUUCUCCCACUCCUUCCCAUGCCUGGGGUCUGUUGGUGUGGUGAGCAGCCGCUGCCUUCCUCCCUGGAGAACCUGAGUUCCAUGUUCUAGAGGUUGUCCUGAGUGCCAAGCAUGUGUGUACAUCGGGCGCGUAUCCCGGUCCUCCCUGCCGUCGUGUGUGUGCGCGUGGAUGUGCACUUCUGUGUAUGGGUCCACAUGGACGAGUGUAUAUACUAUCUAUUGUAUGUGACACUAUGGGCAUAUUCUAUAAAUACAUAUACACACACAUA